AGACUACAUUAAAAAGCAAAACAGCGUUGUGCGUUGCACCAACGGUCAGUGUUACUCAUAACCAGCUCGUGAACGGACGACAUUCCGGCAAGUUAUUCUUCAUACAAACAAAAAGAAACACAAUGUCACGUCGACUGACAAAGCGACAUCUGACGCCCGUGGACGAAUAUCAAUGUCCUCUGUCUGCGGAGACGCAAGCCAUUGCUGAGGAGCAGCUGAGAGAAACUGAAAACGCCAGAUCGCAAGCUCUUGAAGCCUUAAGAAACUGGUUGGAACAACAUCCAAAAUUUAUGGCUAUCAGAAUGGAUUCAAAUUUCCUCCUACGUUUUCUGCGCACGAAGAAGUUUAGCGUGCCCAUGGUUCAGGAAGCUAUCGAGCGUUACAUACUAUUGCGACAGUCGUGGGGUAUCGCAUUCAAUCAACUCGAUUACAAAUUACCUGUUAUGAUGGAACUUAUCGACCUUGGGUACAUUUUUGUCAGCCCCUUCAAAGACAAGCUUGGACGACGAGUCGUAAUUUAUAGACCAGGAGUAUUCGAUCCCUAUAAAUAUACAAAUCAAGAUAUGUGUCGGGUGAUGGGAAUUUGUUAUGAGACCCUCAUGGAAGACGAGGAAUGUCAGGUCAGGGGUGUAGUUCACUACGCUGAUGGAGCUGGAGUCAGUUUUCCACAUCUUACCCUCUUCACUCCGAAAGAGGCUGUACGGAUUGUAAAAAACGGAGAGAAAACUAUACCGAUGAGGCACAAAGAAAUUUACGGCGUUAAUGUACACCCGACCGUAAAGUUUGCUCUUGACUUUGGAAUGGCUUUAAUAUCAGAGAAAAUAAGAAAGCGUGUGAAACUGUACACUGCAGUUGAGGAUGUAGAAAUUGAUAAGAGUCUCCUACCGUCGGAGUACGGUGGUACAAUGCCGAUGAAGGAAAUGAUUGAGUUAUGGAAAGUAGAACUGGCCAGUAAGAGAGACAUUCUACUUCUAAACGACAAAAUGGCCGUGCGUCUCGAAAUGUACAGCGAAGCGGCGCGAGAGGGCGCAAUAUCAGCUCUACGCGCGGGUGCGAAUACUUGCGCCGGCGCUGAUGCAGUCGGGGACGCUAUGCGAGGCCUAACAGGAAACUUUAGAAAACUUGAAGUCGACUAAAUUAAUUACAUUCUAAAUCUUCGAAUGUUAAGACUAUCUACAUAAUAAAGAUCAACAACGCAGAAGCGUUUUAAGAACUCUUAAAAUAACUAUUUGAUAUAGUUUUGAGUGUUUUGGUCGUAUUACUAUUAGCGUUCAAAACAUGAAAACACCUCCGUGCGUUGUCAAAUACAUCUUAAAGUGAAACAUAAGGUCGCCACUUCACUAAUGAGAUAUCAAAUCAGCCCUAUCGGAGCUUUAGGGUAGGUUAUUAUAUUUCUCUAAUAGAGGUUUGAGUAGAUGCUAGAUUAGUAUGUAAAAUUAGUUAUACCAUAUAUUUUUAUUGUAUAAGACUGCGCUUAGGGAAUCUUAUGUACCUAAAGCUAACAAAUCUUUCGAAGAUUGUCCAAUACAUACCUCUCAAAGGUAUGUUACCCGUUAUCCUGGGUACAAUGGUUCGAAACCUAAUAUUCUUUUAACUGAACCACUAAACAUAUGUUCUAUGAUAUAUAUGUAAAAGAAUAAGACUAAUAAUUUUAAGUUUGUAUUAAAUAAAAGUCGCUAUAGUAA